AUGCAUUUGGGGCCGAGCAUUUCGACGGCUCUCAUGGUGAUCGCUAUAGCUUGUGAGUUUUCCUUCGCACUUCUCAGACUCUCAAAAAAUACUUUCAGCGUUAAGCAGAACUGUCUUGGAAACAUAUUUCUGGGGAUCCUCGGAAACCGCCCAAUCUCCCUAUCAAGGUGAGCAAGUUGUGCAUAGAAGUUUGACUGAAAAAUUAUUUUUUGCAGGUCUCGUUGAAUACGAAGAGUCUCUCCGCGACGACAUAUUCUUUAUCCGACAUAACAGAAACACCGGAAGUGAGUUGAAAUUUCUGGCGACGGUUGCGAAACAUUCGCCGGUUUCAAAGUGUAUGCGUAAACAAAUUAAUAAUUGCAGAUAUCGAUUUCGAGUUGGUGUUGCUGGACAUGAGGAGAAUGUCGCAAAUUCUGACGGCCAUGGCAAUCGAAAUGAAAAGUAUGAAGAACGGAGCACUGCCAAUGGAUGAGCUGAUUGCCGAACUGAUGGACGUCAGAUCCGCUGCUGACUUGGCCAAGUGGAUUCAGUUCGACAAAAACGCCGUCGAGGGAUUCGUCACGAAGCUCAGAGACUUCUCGAAGACACUGGCGUCUGUGCAGGUUCUCGACACGAUCGAUACGAUGUUCAAUGCGCUGGAAUCGGUAAAAGAGGAGUACAAGUCUCUCGGCGAUCUCAACGACACAUCCGUCUUGCAAACUUUUUUCACUGCGGUCGAAGGAAUUAAGUCCAAUCCAAUCAACGUCAGUCUGAUCGACGACUUCAAAAGCUCAAGCAGCACUGCUCAAAUACUAUUGGCGGAAGUCGGGGACCUCUCUAUUUCUGUCAGCUCAAUGACUGAUAAUGAAAAGAAGAAAAAGGAAGUGGCAUUUGCCAAUAUAAAACGGUGGAUUGACACAACUCCCAAUAUAAUACCGGAUAUCAAAAGAUGGAUUGACAGUUUUGAAGCCCACCAGAAGGCCAUCAAUAAUGGUCCUAUUCUCGAGUCGCCGCAGAUUAAACUCUUCGUGUUUAUCCAGGACAUCAUCGCUAGAAAGGCGAACCGCGCGAUCUCCGAUCUGGACGCCUCGCAAGUGACAGCCAUCAGUGAGUUAUACACCUCUGUCGCUCAAUUCUUCACGGAUAACAACGAGGUGCGCAAUCAGCUGAGAGCGAUGAAGGAAGUCGCGGAAUCUCGAGUUGCUCAUCGGAAACCACACUUGCUCAAGCAUACCACCGGCUUCUACGACGUGCGCAACGACCUGUCUUCCAUGCAAUCAACCUGCAACUCGUUCAUGGUCCACGAACUCACUGGCGGAUAUCAUCCUCGUUCGUUGGCUGCUGCUGUCGCGUGGCCGAUGGAAGUGCUCGAAAAGAAGGUCAGUGAACUGAAUGGCAGUUGGGAUGGCUUGCGACAGACCGGAGCUGCUCAACGAGUCGACGAACUGGAGAAGAUGUUCGAGGAGGCCGGAACUCUUGAUAACGCGAUGCUGGAAAGGAUCAUCGAGUGGGUCGGAUGGCCGAAUACCCCGUCUCUUACACUCAUGCAAGCAGCCUACAAAAAUUGCGAACAACUGGUAACCAUAUUUGCUGAUAUACAGUCAAGGAUAGGUCCACUCUCUGCUGUCCUGACCGAAUUGAAGGAUCUAUCCACGUUGAGCGAUAAAAUUCAAUUCACUAAUGACAUAAAUCUGGACGCGGAGCUGUCGGCCGUUAUGAAAGAGAUGGCGAAGUUGGACAUCAAUAAAACGAUAACAAACCUGGCUAACCUGAAAACACCACUGACAGGUAUUCAAAAUAAACUCAGGGCUGCUGAGCGUGGGCGGCUCCUCGACAUGAUCUCGGGGAAUCAGACGAUUCUGAUAGACUUUCCGACGAAGUAUGGAGGCAGAAGCUUCAUCAGCUUCUUCGAACUGUUCGACACCAGCCGCCCUCAAAUCGAAAUGUUCAAGGACUUCAUCCGGUCUACGCGCAAGAUCAAGGAUCAGCAGAACGAUGGUCAACUGCUAGACAGCAUUUCGAAGGACGCCGAGUUGAUGUCCGACUCUAUCGUCACCCUGGAGGACUUCCGAAAGUAUCCGGAGCAGAUUAAUGCGAAUCGGACGCUGCAGAUGACGGACUUGUCCGAUUUAUGGAACUUUCCCUACCAUUCGGGACACUUUGGAAGCGCUGUGGCCGCACUGAUAGCCUUCGGAAAGAUUGAGGAGAAGCGGACUGUCUUCGAGACGUUUCUGAGAGCAGGAGCGAAAGUGGAGCUGAUGAUUAAAGAUGUGCAGGAUCUCGCGUCGAAGGAGAGAGUCCAGUCACUUUGGGGAAGCUUCCAGACAACCACUUCGGAAGUCCAAGACCUGCUGAGCACCGUCAAGGAUCGAAUGGGCGCGAUUCGAAGACCCUCGAGAUUCGCACGUUACACUGACCGAAGUGAUGAAGUCGGUCUGAUACUAUACCAAGACGUGUUCACCGCUGCUUACAUCCAGAACUACGUCGAACUGGAUGCCGAAAACAGGAUGCAAGCACUCGACCAACUUCGGAUUCUUUAUCCGAACUCUCAAGAGCUUGUGGAUACAAUGGCUUCGCUGGAAGAGCUGUCAGCUCUCGAUCUCGACUUUGUCGAGUUCCAUGGAGCACUCUUCAAGAUUCCUCUAGUGCUUCGUUUUCUGGACAUUGCGCUGGAGUUGAAGAGAACAGCCUUCAGUACUCCGCCUAUCGAACCGUGAGUUCACAAUAUAAUGUGCCGUUUUUAAAUCUCCAUUCUUUUUUAGCGCAGCCACGCUGAUUUCGGUUCCUUCUUCCGUCGCAUCGGUUGUCCGACACAUAAAAGGGCAAAUGCCAAUGCUGUGAGUUCAGAACCCCCUUCAACUAAAUCAACGCGUUUUUGUUUCAGGUCAACAGCGACCAUUCUGAUUCUUACCGUUUGGUUUUUCUGCGGCUGCACGCUAGACAAAUCGACAAGCACAGUGUACGAGAAGGGUCAACGAGGACCAAAGAAGAAUCUGUUUUCCCGAAUGGUGAAACAAUUCAAAAAGAUGGUGCGGACCGCGGUGAUGGAAAAGAAGAUGAUAAAUCUGAAAAAGACGAUAUUAACGAUAGAGAAGAAGCACGCGGAGAAUCAGAAAAAAUCGGAUAAGGAAAAGCCAAAGAAGGAGGACACGAAGCAAAUGAUAUUUGUCAGAGCGUCGAAUAUUGUUUCUAAAGAAAAGAUGGCAGAGAUUAACAGCCUUCGGGAAUCGAAUAGGGUACGUCGACGGACUGUGAAGAACAAUGCGCAAGAGAGGAUUGACGCGAUGGCACGGUUUCGGAAGGAGAACGACGACAUCGCCAGGGAUAACGAGUACAAGUACAACAAGAACGACGAGGGUGAGAACUUCUGUUCUUUCCCUUUUUCGUCUCAUUCCACAUUCUUUUCAGUUGACAUGUACUUCUACGAUCCGGAUUGGUUCGUCCGCAACGGCUUCAGCACUGACGCGGCGUGCACCGUUCCCCGCGUCAAAAUGGACAUUAACAAGACGGUUCUGCAGGGUUAUUUCGAGUGGCAACUCCAAAAACCAGGACUCAUAGACGACGAUUGGAGAGUGGACCGCAUGGGAAUGUGUACAAUGUGAGUGGAUCUCUUAAAAGUACUAUCAGAAUGUUGAUACUUUGAGGUACCCGGAAAUGCCGCUCAUCAGGCAGACGUUGGCGAUCGACAGACACGAUGCGAUCAGAUGCUGCUACCACGCGAACAUCAUCAUUUUCCCAAUAUACGGACGAGCGAUCGCGUGCAUGGCUCCCAGUGGACGCACGAAAGUACCGUACCGCGACGACAUUUGGUUGAUGAUCACGGAAAACAAAUGCAAGAUCAUCGUUAUGUUGUGCAAUUUGGUGGAGGACGGCGUCGUCAAAUGCUACCCCUACUUCCCGGACGUUAUUGGAAGAACUAAGAUUUACAACGGAAGCAAAGUGACUCUGGACUCGCAAGAGGAGAAGUUCGACGGAGAGCUCAUCAUCCGACAGAUCACGUACCAGCCAGUGGAUCCAGAUGUCAUAGGGAUAGUACCGAAGCAGACGGUGAUACAUUACCAGAUUCCCAAAUGGAAGGAAGGAUCGAUUCCGAAGACGGAGAAUCAGUUGGAGGCUGUGCAAUUCGUUUACUACGCGACCCGGAGAAAAGAGUAGAACGGUGAGUGAAGGAGAAAUGGGGAAAAAGAACUAGAUCUUGAUGAUUUCAAAAUCCCUACGACCGCGACCUCAUUCAUAUUUUUCAGGUUCCGUACGUUGUGCACAGCUCCAAAGGAACCGGACGUGCUUGCUGCUUUGCUGCUAUCGACUACAUCUACCAGGCAUCGUGCGCGAAUCGCCGGAAGUUGACCCUGCCCGGACUGGUGUUGCAGAUGCGUGUCAUGAGAUAUAUGGCCAUCGAGACUGCCGAGCAACUCCACUUCAGCUUUCUGAUGGCCUACGAGGCAGUUGUCAGGGUAGGACAAAUGAUGAUCCCACUUUGUUUCCGCUAAACUCCAACUUUCAGGACUUCAAGGUGAAUGCGACCUAUACGCUGAUCAAUGACAACCGACAAUACAUGGCUCAUUUUCACGACAUGGGACAGUUCAACGAUGACCUACGCAAAGAAUACGACGCGAAGUAUGAACAGAAACUGGCACGGAUCAAAGCGGACAAGACGGCCAAGGAACUGAGCAUCGGAAACGAUCUGAUUGGGAAGAGCAAGAAGACGGAGAAGGACUUGAAGGCGAAGUACCCGAGAAUCAGACACGAUCUGAUUGCGUUGAUCACGAAUGCGGAGAAGGAGGUGACGGCGAAGUCAGACGAGCCGAAACCAGAGGAACCGAAGCAAGUGGAAGAGAAACCGGAAGGACCAAAGCCCGAUGAGACCAAACCGGAGGAGCCGAAGUCCAAGGAGGCCACACCGGAAGAGCGGACGCCUGAGGAAGCUAAACCGCAAGAGCAAAAACCCGAUGGCGGCCAAAAACCCGAUGGCGGCCAAAAGCCCGAUGAUGGCCGAUAA